GGCCACUAGCGAGCAGCAUGGCGGCGCUGACGGUCAAGGCCUACCUGCUGGGCAAGGAGGACGCGGCCCGCGAGAUCCGCCGCUUCAGCUUCUGCGUCGCGCCCGAGGCCGAGGCCGAGGCGGGGGGCGGCCGGGCCUGCGAGCGGCUGCUGGGCCGGGUGGCCGCGCUCUUCCCCGCGCUGCGGCCGGGGGGCUUCCAGGCGCACUACCGCGAUGAGGACGGGGACUUGGUGGCCUUCUCCAGCGACGAGGAGCUGAACAUGGCCCUGGCCUACGUGAAGGACGACCUCUUCCGCGUGUACAUCAAAGAGAGGAAGGAGUGCCGGCGGGAGCACCGCGCCUCCUGCCAGGACGGGGCGCCCCGCCCCCUGGUGCACCCCAACGUCAUCUGCGACGGCUGCAACGGGCCGGUGGUGGGCACGCGGUACAAGUGCAGCGUCUGCCCCGACUACGACCUGUGCGCCGCCUGCGAGGGCAAGGGCCUGCACCGCGAGCACGCCAAGCUGGCCUUCCCGGGGCUGCUGGGCCACCUCCCGGAGGGUUUCUCGCACAGCCGCUGGCUCCGCAAACUGAAGCACGGCCACUUCGGGUGGCCCAGCUGCGAGAUGGGGCCCCCUGGCAACUGGAGCCCGCGCCCACCCAGGGCCGGGGAUGCCCGGGCCAGCCCCACGGCGGCAGCUGCAGAUGCAGCCGGCACGGGGCCCGCGGAGGACCCCAGUGUGAACUUCCUGAAGAACGUGGGGGAGAGCGUGGCUGCCGCCCUCAGUCCUCUGGGCAUCGAGGUGGACAUUGACGUGGAGCACGGCGGGAAGCGGAGCCGCCUGACGCCCGCGUCCCCGGGCGGCCCCGAAGACAAGGCGGGCCCGUCGUCCGGCGGCGGCUCCCCCAGCUGCAGCCAGCCCGGCGGGGACACCGUGGGCGGUGCCGCUCUGUCCCUGGCCGAGCAGAUGAAGAAGAUUGUCCUGGAGUCGGGACUGCAGCCCGAGGGACAGCUGGAGUCGGACACCUGCUCGGGAGGCGACGAUGACUGGACACACCUGUCCUCCAAGGAGGUGGACCCGUCCACAGGUGAGCUCCAGUCUCUGCAGCUGCCCGACUCGGCGGGCCCCAGCUCGCUGGACCCUUCCCCGGACGGCCCCACGGGGCUGAAGGAGGCGGCGGCUUACCCACAUCUGCCACCAGAGGCCGACCCGCGGCUGAUCGAGUCGCUGUCGCAGAUGCUGUCCAUGGGCUUCUCGGACGAGGGCGGCUGGCUGACCCGCCUGCUGCAGACCAAGAACGACAUCGGGGCGGCGCUGGACGCCAUCCAGUACUCCAAGCAUCCGCCGCCCCUGUGACGCGGCCGGGAGCCCCUCCCUGCGCCGCCCCCGCAGCACGCACUGGCACUGCUCGGCUCGCCCCCGCCCUGCUUCCCCGCUUCCCCGCGGGAGCCCGCGCUGGGAGCCCUUCUGACACUGCAUUAAACAGGCACUUUAUUCCCAAUCCA